UUUAAUCAAAUUCCAUCGACGCUUCUCGCCUGAAUCAAUCUCUACUGCAAAUCAAUCGCAAUGGCUCGUAACGAAGAGAAAGCGCAGUCGAUGCUCAAUCGAUUCAUUACCCUCAAAGCCGAAGAGAAGAAGAAGCCAAAAGAGCGACGCCCAUACCUCGCCUCCGAGUGCCGCGAUCUCGCCGAGGCCUCCAGAUGGCGGCAGCAAAUCAUGGGGGAGAUCGGCCGGAAAGUUGCCGAGAUCCAGAACGAAGCCCUCGGGGAGCACCGGACCCGCGACCUCAACGACGAGAUCAACAAGCUAAUUCGAGAGAAGGUCCAUUGGGAGCGGCGGAUUGUGGAGCUGGGAGGCCCAAAUUAUGCCAAAAACGCCCCUAAGAUGACCGACCUCGACGGUAAUAUUGUCGAUGUUCCAAACCCCAGCGGCCGCGGCCCGGGGUAUCGAUACUUUGGAGCGGCGAAGAAGCUGCCCGGAGUCAGAGAGCUUUUCGAGAAGCCUCCGGAGCUGAGAAAGCGGAGGACGAGGUAUGAUAUAUACAAGAGGAUUGAUGCUAGUUAUUAUGGGUAUAGGGACGAUGAGGAUGGGAUUUUGGAGAAGCUUGAGGUGGAGGCGGAGGAGAAGAUGAGGGCGGAGGCGGUGGCGGAGUGGAAGAGGAUGGAGGAGAUAAGACGUGAGGCGAGGAGGGCGGUGAAGAGCGGGGAGGUGGUGUCUGCAGCAAAGGUGAAGGAGGUUUUGUUUGAGGAGGAAGAGGAGGUGGUGGAGGAGGAGAGGCAGAGGGAGAAGGAAUUGAAAGAGAGGAGUGAGCAGGAGAGGGAGUUUGUGGUGCACGUGCCGCUGCCGGAUGAUAAGGAGAUUGAGAAGAUGGUGCUGGAGAAGAAGAAGAGGGAGCUGCUGAGUAAGUAUACCAGUGAUGAAUUGAUGGAGGAGCAGACUGAGGCUAAGGAGAUGCUUAACAUUAAGCGCUAGACUUUCGACGCCAAGACAGAGUAUGUUACUCAUUCACUGAUAGAAAGCUGUUACCUUUUCGCUUAUCAAAUAGUUGUUACCUGUGUUAAGUAUUUGUAAAAUUUUUAGAUGAUGAAACAUGUUCAAUUUGUCACCGAGGAAUUAUUUUUCGAGGAGCUGCAGUAGUUGUUAUUAUCAAUUGACUUUUACCA